AUGGCAUCAGAUUUGACAGUGGCUAUAAUUGCAUUGUCUGUUUGCCUUUGGCUCCUUGUGAUUCACGUUCAAACUCCAAUUGAGUUACUAUUUCAAACGACAAAAUCAAUUAAUGAAAAUAAUUCGAUAACUUUACGACCUGAUAAUGACGAUGUAUAUGCGAACUUAUAUCGAGAAUCAACUUUUGAUUUUGUCCCAAUAGCGUGUAAAGAAACAAAAGCGAUUAUAAAUGUUGAGAAUGCGAUUGGGAUAAUUACCUUUUUUCAGUUUCCAGAUGGUCUAAUUCAUGUGUCAGGGGAAAUCAAUAAUGUUACCAAGCACGUUUCUUCUAAGAGAUUUUAUUUUGAAAUUAGGACGUUAGAAAAUAAAGGUGUUAAUGUUAUAAUUAGAAAUGAUGAAUUGUUUAUUAAUAGAAAAAAUGAUGAAAUCAUUCACUUUAUGUUUAAUACAAGAUUAAUUUCAAUUAAUAGUAAAUGUAAUAUUAAUCAAAAAAGACGACGAAAAUAUGUUAUUGGAAGGAAAUUUACCGUUUAUAUUUUGGAAGAAGAUGAUGAAUAA